AUGGCCGUGGUUGGGCCAAAUAAUCGUGGGAUUGUAAUACCAACUGCUAUUCGACGGUCCCUAUCGCCACAACCAUCAAUAAUUCAAGAGUCUGUGACGAUUUUAAAUUCGACAUCACCCAACUCAUCGAUGUCGCCACCGCCACAUACAAUCACGAGUCUGGGACAAAGCAGCAAUAAUAUUGAUAGCAUCAGCACGAGUAGCAGUAACAAUAAUCUCAACAAUUCACCUCCAAUUCAUCCACAUCAUUUUAAUAGUCACCAUCCUGCCAGCCAUCAUCAUCAUCACCACUUUCACAACCAUCCACAUCAUCCAAUUCUCGCUCCUAGUCCCUUGUUUGCUUUGCCUACUUUAAAUUUCACUGCAAGCCAAGUGGCUACGGUGUGCGAAACUUUGGAAGAAUCUGGUGAUAUUGAGCGUUUAGCAAGGUUUUUAUGGAGUCUACCAGUGGCACAUCCGAAUAUCGGUGAAUUGGAUCGAUCGGAAGCUGUGCUUAGAGCUCGUGCUAUUGUUGCUUACCACACUGGACAUUUUAGAGAACUUUACGCAAUUUUGGAACGUCACAAAUUCACAAAAACUUCACAUGGAAAAUUACAAGCCAUGUGGCUUGAAGCUCAUUAUCAUGAAGCAGAAAAACUUCGUGGACGACCUUUGGGUCCCGUUGAUAAAUAUCGCGUUCGAAAGAAAUUUCCAUUGCCAAGAACGAUUUGGGAUGGUGAACAGAAAACUCAUUGCUUCAAAGAGCGCACCCGCAGUUUACUCCGUGAAUGGUAUCUUCAAGAUCCGUACCCGAAUCCAACAAAGAAGCGUGAACUUGCUUCAGCGACCGGUUUGACACCAACUCAAGUUGGAAAUUGGUUCAAGAAUCGACGACAACGUGAUCGUGCUGCUGCACAAAAGAACCGGUAA